CUGGGCGCCUCCGCCGCGCUGCAGCAGAUCCCGCGGGCCAAGUCAGAAAACACAAAGUCAGAGGGCACGUUCCAGGUCACCAUGCUGCCUGGGGACGGCGUGGGCCCGGAGCUGAUGCACGCCGUCAAGGAGGUGUUCAAGGCUGCCAGCGUGCCCGUGGUCUUUGAUGAGCACCACCUGAGCGAGGUGCAGAACAUGGCCUCGGAGGAGAAGCUGGACCAGGUGGUGGACUCCAUGAAGGAGAGCAAAGUGGCCCUUAUAGGCAAGAUCCACACCCCCAUGGAGUACAAGGGAGAGCUGGCUUCUUACGACAUGAGACUGAGGCGCAAAUUGGACUUGUUUGCAAACGUCGUCCACGUGAAGAGCUUGCCAGGCUACAAAACCCGCCACAACAACUUGGACCUCGUGAUCAUUCGCGAGCAGACAGAGGGGGAGUACAGCUCUCUGGAGCACGAGAGCGCAAAGGGGGUCAUCGAGUGCCUGAAGAUCAUCACCAGGGCCAAGUCGCAGCGCAUCGCCAAGUUCGCCUUUGACUACGCCACCAAGAAGGGCCGCUCCAAGGUGACGGCUGUGCACAAAGCCAACAUCAUGAAAUUGGGUGAUGGGCUCUUCCUGCAGUGCUGUGAGGAAGUGGCAGAACUGUACCCCAAGAUCAAGUUCGACACCAUGAUAAUUGACAACUGCUGCAUGCAGCUGGUGCAGAACCCCUACCAGUUCGACGUCCUGGUGAUGCCAAACCUCUAUGGGAACAUCAUCGACAACCUGGCAGCUGGUUUGGUGGGCGGCGCAGGCGUGGUGCCCGGGGAGAGCUACAGUGCUGAGUACGCCGUCUUCGAGAUGGGCGCCCGCCACCCCUUUGCCCAGGCUGUGGGCAGGAACAUUGCCAACCCCACAGCCAUGCUGCUGUCGGCUGCCAACAUGCUGCGGCACCUCAACUUGGAAUUCCACUCCAACUUGAUCUCAGAUGCGGUGAAGAAGGUGAUCAAAGUCGGAAAAGUUCGGACGCGGGACUUGGGAGGUUACUGCACCACUUCUGACUUCGUCAAGUCUGUGAUUGACAACCUGCACCCCCACUAUGGUGCGCACAGCAGACAUGGGUGGAUACGCCACGUCCCUGGAUUUCACCCAAGCUGUGAUUGGGGCCCUGGAUGUGUAGGGCCGCUGCUCAUCUGGCUGCCCUGCUGCUCCGCUGCCUGCUCGGUAAUUUAUUGCUUCCCUGUAAUAAAGCAGCCUCUGCAACGUAACAGCGGGGGGGGCAGCCUCAACCUCUCCUCGCUCCAUCCCCACCUGCGUGCCAUCUGCAGCCCCUCCUGGCAGCAAGGAGCAGAGCGCAGCGCCGUGCCUCGCCUGGGCCCCAGCAGCACCGCCCUCGCACAGCAGGGCACACGGCUCAGUGCUGGGGCGGGGAUACGGCACCGGCACCGGGCACUAAGCGCAGCUGGGGCUCCUGCAGCCACCCUCGGAUUCUGUGACGCCCAGCAGCGGCAAAAGACCAGGAGGGCAGCUCAACACCAAGCUGAGCCCUUUAUUGAGGCUCAGUCGCACUGUGCAGGUUCCUGCCCUCUGGCAGCCAUGGAUGGCUCACAGCUGCGGCCGCUCCGGGGGCUCUGAAAGGCACGAGCAGCUCUGCCCAAGCACGGCCACGAGGCAGCGGGGCCCGGCCCCACGAGGCACAGAGCACGAGGUGUCCAACGCCUGUGAGCUGCAGCCUGGCGCGCAGCUGCCAAGAAAUGGACGGCAGGUGAUGAGUUGCAGCCAAACCAAGCCGGCCUCUGAGUCCACAGUGCUGGAGCACAGCCCUGCUCCAGCUGCCCCCCAGCCCUAAUCCUCCUCCAAGUCCUUGGCCUUUUUCUUUUUCUUCUUCUCCAGGGGAGCAGCCUCUCCCAUCAGUUUCCUUUUCUUCUUGGGCAAGGCCUCUUCUUCCAGUCCAUUCUCCUCUGGCUCUGUGGCAGCUUCCUGCUCCUG